AUGAAUGUUGUUGGUCAUCAGGCCCAUGAAGAAAAAUGUCCAAAUUCUGAGGAAGCUGGUCCAGGUCCUGACAAAUCUGGCACGCCCCACAAUACUGAACAGGAACAAUCAACAGAUGAUGGCGACUUUGUUAACCCAUUGCCAAGAAAGAGAAGAGCUAUUAGUAAGGCUCCGUUAUCACGCAAACGUCACGCUGAGGACGCCAAAGCAUCCCCAGUAAUCCCUCUGAAGAAGAGGCUGGCUUCUGCGACUCGACAUUCACCACGUUCACCCCGUCCUGAGACACAGACCAUCAGGGGUAAAGAUGGUAAAAAGGGUAAGCUCAUGUCUCGAUACAAUCCAAAAGAUGUCUUGGAAGCCAUCAGGUCACUUUCUGAUGAUCAAGUGGCAGAAAUCCGUCGUCUUGGAUGGGGCAAAUUUCUGGAAAUCAAAAUUGAUGCUGUCGAGAGUCACGAGCUUUACUGUUUUCUUAUGGAUCAUAUUGAUAUAGUUCACAUGAAUCUUAUUUUAUCUCAUGAUAAAAUACUCCCAAUUUCUGCCCAGUCAGUUCACAUUGUUCUUGGUUUACCAAUUGGCGGUGGAGAGCUCACCUUUACCAAGACCAAGGAGAUUACAAAUGCAAAAAAAGAUCUGUUUGAUAUGCUUGGUGAGAAAUUGUCGAUCGAAAGGCUCAAGCUUGAAGUUUCCAAGGGCCUUGCGGAUGAGUUGUCAUUGAGGUGUUUCUUCAUGAUAGUGUUUAAUAGGCUUUUGUUCCCGACAUCAUCAUAUGAUGUUUCGAACAAUGAUGUCAGACUUACUAUGGAUAUGAGCAAGAUUGGUGAAGUUGAUUGGUGCAAGCUUGUUGUUGAGGACAUUAGAGCAGCAGCUUCUCAAUGGCAACGUUGUGAUUGUAAGAUAUAUUAUUUGGAUAAUCUCAAUCACGAGCUGAACAAAGGCGAUAGGAUUUCAAUCCCUCGUGCAGCAUUAUUUGACAAACACAAGGUUGAGCACCUUAUAAUGCAUGAUAGAUUCACCGACAGACAUGGAAAAUUGGUCUAUGGUGGUACUCAGAGAAAAACACGUUUACAAUACUGA